AAGUGAAUGAUAGAAACAUUAAUUUUUAAAAGUUUCUGUUUACUAAAUGUUCACUAUAAAUAUUUCUAUUUUAUUUUAACUUUUAUAACAAUUUUAUACAAUGUGGCUCCUACAAAUAUGAAUAUCUCGAUUUUAACCAUUUUUUCACGUAUUCGAAAAGAUUUAAAAAAAAAUCUUUAAAAAUUCAUAAAAAUAUGCUUUCAAUUUUCUAAUAUAAAUAUUUCAUUUUGUAGUUUAAUUUGGAAAAAAUAAUUUAAUUGUCUUUGAAAAUUUGAAAAACUCACGGAAAAAUUCUGUUUGUAAGGAUAACAUUUAUUUUAAAAUAAUAUCAAGGCACUGUCCAGAAUAAUAACAGUUACGAUUAUAAAAAUAUAUCAUGAUUAUUAAAUUACAAUUGUGCGUAUCAAAUUGUACUUUAUUUUACACCCUGUCACGUUUCACGCAACUAUUUGAUUAUAAAAAAGAAAAUACAUAUUCUCUGUUUUUCCUUCCUCAGAUCGAGAAGAGAAUCGGGCGCAAAGCUUGGCUAUGCAUCCCUGGAUGAAGAUCAACAAGUAGUAUGGACCGGUGGGGGCGAUCGCUGUUUGCACGGCGGAGGGGAGGAGGUCGGCGUCGUGGCCUGACGCGGGUAGAGUGAAGGUGCGCGGGGUGGGGAUACUCACGGCCCGGUACGAGUGGAGGGGCGAGAAUUCCAGGCGGACAGGCAAGCGAGCGAGCGAGCGCGUCGCGUCCUCGUAUCGUUCGUUCAGUCGGGUAGGCGCGUUUGCACGGCGUCGUCGUACGCUUUGGUGAUAUCGCCGCCGUCGUUCGCCGGGACACAGUGAACACCGCGAUUCACCGUUGUAUAUCCGCGAGCGCGUGUGUGACGUGGUGCCUGGUGACGUUCUCAGCGAUACGGAUAGAGAGAAGUUAAGCGCGGAGCUGUGAGACACGAUGAGAGGCGCGUGUGGUAAUGGUGUUUAGUGACCGUUGAAACGGAGCCGAGGCACGCCGAAGAGAAGAAGAAGAAGAAGAGGAGAAGGAGGAGAAGGAGGAGCCAACGUCCGGGGUGAGAGGACAGCGAGUGUUCGACAAAGAAUACGUGACGUGGUGUCGUUUCACGGACGCUGGACCGCCAUUGGAGGUGGGGGUGGACUCUGGGACCGUUGAUGAUGCUGGGAAAAUGCGUCGUCUGGCGGCGGUCCGGGGCGAGGCCCCGGCGGCCUCUCGCCGCCUUCGUGCCGCUGCUGCUACUCUGCUGCGGAACUUUCGCGUCUGGAACGAGAUUGAGGCACUCGAGACACCUGGACGUGAGAUCGCAGUUCCUGGCCGAGGGUGAAUUAUCGCUCGAUGAAAAUCACAACCACAAGCCGGUGUUCUCCAAUUGCUCGAAUUACGCGCCAGUGGUGAAGGAGGAGGAGCCAAUUGGCACGGUGGUGAUCCAGGUGCACGCCGAGGAUAGGGAUCCACCGGGCGAAGGAGGUACCAUUACGUAUAGCUUCGUGACCGCACCUGAUGAAAAAUUAAAAUUCGCAAUCGACAACACGACUGGCCUCAUCAAAACGCUCCAGGUACUCGACAGGGACGAACCCGCUAGAGAAAAGGAAUUUUAUCUCACCGUACUUGCUACCGACAAUGGACGGCCGCAGUUGGAUGACGUGUGCACAUUUAAAGUCACUAUCGAAGACGUCAAUGACAAUCCGCCCGCCUUCGACAAAGUGGUCUACCACCGUGGAUACGUGUGGAAGGCAUACACAGAAUCUGUGCCGCAAGAUUUACCCGUGGGUCGCGAAGUCAUGCGAGUUUCCGCAGCUGAUAUCGAUGAUGGCAACAAUUCUGUUGUACGGUAUACUCUAGCGUCUAAGAAAACGGAUGAUGCCGCGUACUUUCGAAUCGACUCUGAGUCCGGUGUCAUAUUCCUCAACAAAGCUAUAGACCGGACUCCAGAUUAUAAAUUCAGUAUGACAGCUACUGCCAGGGAUCUUGGUGAAAAUUCGCAACCCGUUCCAAUCGAUCUUACGAUACGGGUUGUAGAAUCGCAUAAGAAGGCACCAGCUUUUCUUCCGAGAUCUUCGGAGCCAAUCAGACUUCAGGAGAAUUUUAGCGACUUCGAUGCUAGCAUCGUUCGUUUAAAAGCAGUUUCCAACAUCGAUAAUUCCAGUAGUUCGGACAAUUCGUAUCUACUCUUUGAGCUUGUGGUUGGUAGAACGGAACAAACCAACAGAAAGAACACUUUUAGAUUAGAAUCCAAUAAAGAUAUAGCAGAUAUUAAGUUGUCACAACAUCUUGAUUACGAGAGUAACACGCAAUACUCGUUAAUAGUGAGAGUACAAAACAAGUAUCAAUUAGCUGCCGAAACAGUGGUCGAUGUUGAAGUAUUAGACGUAAAUGACAACAUUCCAGUCUUCCGUGAUAUCAAACGAGGAAGCGUGUUAGAAAAUGAACCCCGAGGAGCUCCCGUGAUGCAAGUGCGAGCCAUUGACGCUGAUGGUACUUCCGUUAAUAAUCAGGUUAGCUACGAAUUGGACAACUUCAAAGAUCUCUUUGCCAUCGAUCCGCAAACUGGUAAUAUCACAACGUUGGUGACAUUCGAUAGAGAAGUUGAAGAUAUCUACAAUGUGAAAAUAAUAGCGACGGAUAAUUCACCAAGUGCUUUGUUCAAAACCGGCGAACACAAUAAAGGAGAACAGGUGUUUCAAAUCGAAAUUGCUGAUAAGAAUGACAAUCCGCCUCGCUUCACCAAAAAGGUGUACACUGACAAUUCAGUUCUCGAGGACAUCAACAUUAACGCGCCCGUAACUGAAGUCAAGGCCAUCGAUUCCGAUACAGCGAGUCCUGUCACGUAUAGCAUCAUAGCAGGAAACAAGAACAACAGUUUUUACAUUGAAGCUACAACGGGAAAGAUUCGUGUCAACAAGCCGCUUGAUUAUGAAAAGAUCACCAAAUACAAUCUGACCGUAAGAGCGUUCGACGGUGUGUUUAAUGAUACAGCGGAAGUUGAGAUUUUUGUUGAAAACGUUAAUGACAACCCACCGAUUUUCAAAGACUUUAAUACAAAUCCGACUAUACAAGAAGAAAGAUUGGUGGAAGGAUGCGUCACUGUUGUGUCGGCUUAUGAUCCCGAUAUUGAAGAUAGAAAUGCCGAUCAGCAUAUUGUCUACAGCAUCGUCAAGGAGGAACAACAACCGUAUAUAUCAGUCGAAAAUACUGGUUGCAUGAAAUUGAAGAAACCAUUAGAUCGUGAUCCACCGCAAGGGCAUGCAAUGUGGACUUUCCUCGUAAUGGCAAGAGAUGAAGAUGGUUCACCUACGGCUCUUCAAAAAUUGGCGAUGAUUAAUAUUACCCUCCUAGAUAUCAAUGACAAUGCACCAUUUCUCGAUAUGCCUUACCCAGUCAUUUGGGGUGAAAAUAAAGGACCUGGCAGGAUAACCGAGCUCAAGGCGCGGGAUUACGACUCUGAGGAAAAUGGUCCGCCAUUCGAAUUCAGAAUCGACGAUUCUGCGGACAAUGAAAUCAGAACUAAAUUUGACAUACGCGAAACGUAUUUAUUCGCGCGAGUAAUGUUCGAUCGAGAAUUCCGAAAGAGUUACGAUAUACCGAUCGCAAUCACGGACAGCGGUAGUCCGCCCAUGACGGGUACUUCGACACUUACUGUAAUUAUAGGCGACGAGAAUGACAAUCCUAUGCGCGAGGGCUCGAGUUCUAUAUUUGUUUACAAUUAUAAAGGAGAGUCUCCUGAUACGGAAAUUGGACGCGUGUUUGUUAACGAUCCAGACGAUUGGGAUUUACCGGACAAAUCUUUCGAUUGGGCCUCUCCGCAUGACGGUUUCUAUCUUAAUACCAGUACCGGUAUGAUCACUCUACUGUCGGGUACGUCAAACGACACCUUUGUAUUGAAGUUUAUCGUCACUGAAAAAGGCCAACAUAUUCCAUCGCAUCAAGUAUACGCUUACGUGAACGUCACCGUCAAAGAACUUCCCGAAGAAGCUGUCGAAAGAUCCGGUUCCAUACGAUUUCAAGGGAUAACACCGGAGGAAUUUGUGGAACCUGAUGAAUCUGGUGUCAGUAAAAAGGAAAUAUUUCAAGAGAAAGUAGCAACUAUGUUAAAUACUUCGGUCGAGAAUGUUGACGUAUUCACCGUACUUCAUUCGGAUCAUCAUAAAGAUAAAAACUGGCUGGACGUCCGAUUUUCGGCACACGGUAGUCCAUAUUAUGCAUCCGAGAAGUUGAACACGAUUAUAGCGCAACAUUCAAAGGAAAUUGAACGGGAGAUGAAAGCGGAUAUCUUAUUGAUGAAUAUUGAUGAGUGCCUAUUCGAGAAACUUCACUGUAAUAAUUCGUGCCGCAAUUUCUUAAAUGUCAGCACUGUUCCGUAUGCGAUCUACACUAAUACCAGCUCGUUUGUUGGCGUUAGAGCAGUUGUAGAUCCGCUGUGUACUUGUCAUGUAGCGGAACCUAUCGUCUGUUUGAAUGGUGGUACACCUUUGGCAGAACGAUGCGAGUGUCCACCUGGUCUGGAAGGGCCAAGAUGUGAAUUAUUAGGCAUUGGCUUUAACGGAGACGGCUGGGCUAUAAUGCCUCCACCUGGUCAAGCUUGCGACGAUUCACAUUUAGGAUUGGAGAUAACACCACACGUGGACAAUGGUCUUGUAUUUUAUUUCGGCCCUAUGACAUACAAUCCUAAAUUUGGAAUUCAGGAUUUUAUGUCAUUGGAACUUCAACAAGGCUACGCUGUGUUAUACAUUGACUAUGGCACGGGAACUGUAAGGUUGGAUCAGAAACAAAUCAAAUUAACGGACGGCAAGAGUCACAGAAUAGACAUUUACUGGAAGAAGACUUCCAUAGAGAUGAUAGUUGAUAAAUGUGGCAUAUCUGCUUGCAUGAGUCUCACUGCGCCACAAGGCACUAACGAAUUUUUAAAUGUUAACAGUCCAAUACAAAUAGGUGGUACAUUGACUAAUUUAGCACACUUAGCAUCGAAUUUGGGAUGGGAUUAUAAACCAACUGAUAAAGGAUUUGUCGGGUGUAUACGCAACAUGACAUUCAAUGGAAAUACAUACAACUUAGGCAUGCCGUCACUGUCCAGAAAUGCAGAUCCUGGCUGCGAUCAUGGCAUGGCAAAGGCAAUUUCGUUCGGAAUUGACACGAACUUUAUAGUGGCUAUUUUGGUUUGCGUAUUGAUAUUGUUAAUAUUACUCGUGGCGGUAGUUGUGCACAGGAGAAAAACCGAUGAUCUCUAUAAGGAUAUGGACGAUAUUAGAGAAAAUAUUAUUAAUUACGAGGAUGAAGGAGGUGGUGAGGGUGAUGUUCAGAGUUUUGAUUUAAAUGUCUUGAGAGCUAUUUACGACGCACCACCUAUUGAUUCAAAGAUAGCUCCAAUUGGUCUACAGGGUAGAGGAACCGACGAAGUUCCAGACAUUUGUGGCUUCCUAGAUGGUAAGAAAGAAAGUUGCGAUAAAGAUCCAGAUACAAAUCCAUACGAUGAUUUAAGGCAUUACGCUUACGAGGGGGAAGGAAAUUCAGAAGGCGAUCUGUCAUCUUUAGCUUCGUGCACCGACGAUGGGGAUCUGAAAUUUAAUUAUUUGUCUAAUUUCGGACCAAGAUUUAGAAAAUUGGCAGAUAUGUAUGGAGAAGAUCCAAGUGACGAAGAAAGUGACGGAGUCGGAGAACGAGAGAGUGAAAGUUGGUGUUGAGUUUUCCUAAAUAAGAACAUCGUAGAUGUAAAAUUUUAACACAGAAAAUGCACACAGCUUGCAGAUUCGCUCCUGAUUAUAAUCAUAUUUAGGAGCAUACAUGCUGUGCAGAGUUUACACUGUGCAGGUUUGUGCGCUUUUACAGCCCCAUGUUCCAAUUAACUGGAAAGAAAUGAGGCUUCAUUGUACUUAAAAGAUAUGAAAUACGGUCUCACUCACCGAUUACUCUAGUUUGAUGGUUUAAAAAGAAGAUGGAGAGUGUAUGCAUCAUCCUAUCAACACAAUGUGUAAUUAACGCGCGUGAUUUACUAGUGGACGGAAUAAACUUUAUGAUCAUCACGAGUGACUAUAUGGACGCUGAAUUUCGUUUAUUCGCAAAAGUGAUGCGUAUCUUAUACUGACCCUUAAAAUGAAUUUUUAUAUGGUGUCGACAAAACCUAGCGGAUUUAUGUUAUACUUUUACACUAGAAGUGAUAUAUGUGUAUAAGUGGGACGAGAGAAAAUAGUGCGUUCACUGUACGUUGCAUGGAUGUGAACAUUAAAAAUUCUGGAUUACUGGUGUUCUCAUACGAAUUCCGACGAGUUGGACAAUCGACAUUUCCAUGCAUCCACGAUCCUUUCCUUUUUUUAUUUUAACUUAAUUACUUAAAUACGAUUAUGAUAUAUUUCAUUUUGACAAACUAUAAUAAGCAAUGCUCCAUUAGUUAAAGAUAUCAGAACAGCGGCAUGAAUGUUAUUUUAUGUGUACGGCUUAAUACUUCGUCGAUUAUUCUGUGUUUGAAAAUUACUUAUUAUUAAUGAAUAAUGUAAAGUUGUUUAGAAAAACUGCCGACAUUUUGUUAAGAUUUUAAAAAUAAAAAUCAAAAAAAACUUAUGUGAGAUAAGCUAAUAGUAUUCAUGUAAACCUUCAUAUAACUCCUUUUUAUAUCUCGAGCUUUUAAUUUUUAGAUAGAAGUUUUUUUUAUAUAAAACAUGUACAUAUGCAAAAAUUAUCCAUUGAAAUUGUUUAUUAUAGGCGAUCUCUCUUUCUUCUAUUUAAAAAUUAAAAAAUAUUACUGUAUACAUAAGUUGACAAAGUAUUAAGCCCUUUUUUUUAAUUAUUCAUUCAUCGAGUUAGAAUGAGAGAAAGAGCUACUAUCUAUUUUGUUAAUAUUUUUUUUUAUAAUUGCGUAAUAGCGACGAAAUGCUAUGUGACUGACUUUAGAACUCGCCGUCUAGGACAACUUAAGUAACUUCGUAAAUUAGGCUGACUGCCAGAUUCAAGAAAGUUUGCAUUAUUAUAGCUUUAAAUACUAUAUUACAUUCCAGUAGCAAAGAGAACUGUAAUCGAAUAAUAUCAGUUCAUAAAAUGGUAACGCAUCACGGUUUUGUAUCAGUAGUCUACAAUAAGAAAAUAAUUUUUGUCAAUUGCUGAUCUGCAUUCUUGAGUUUGGCAAUCGUCAAGUUACAGGUUUCUAGAUUAUUUUUUAUACAUACAUUAUAUAAAGAAAAAAGUAUAUAUAUAUAAAGAGACAUAUAUAUAUAUAUAUAUAUAGUUAUAAAAUAAAACUGAAUAAUGUCACGCGAUUAAUGAGAUAAUUGUAAAAGAAUAUAUGGAUAACUUUUCUUAUGAGAAUGAAAAAAGUAACGCCAUUCUUCUAUUUAAUUUAUAUAAUAUUUUAAUAAUUACGUAUGCGUGAAUGAGAGAAAGAAAGUGCACAUGAUGUAUGCUACGAGCGCGUAUGCGUAACGAUAUCAUCUGGAUUAUCAGAUGAAUACAGUAUUGUGUACGUAUUGUUAUAUUAUUUGAUUUAUUUCAAAAUGCAUGUAUGUGCGCAUGUAUACAUGUACACAUACAUAUAUAUCCAGAUAGCCAAAUCGAACAGUGUUUGCUACAAAUUUUAUUAUCAAAAUGACAGCAGAAAUAUAAUAGAAAAUCAACAGCAUAUGACGGCAGAAAAACGAUUAUAUAUUCUAUAUUUAAACGAUUAUGAGAUGAUAGAUUCUACUCAAUUUCCAGGUAUCUGUUGUAAUAUUCUGUUUAAGUCUGCUAACAUAUUGCUAAUAAUUUUGCUUACUGGAUGUAUAUCUAUAUCCAUUCUUUAUACGUGUAUAUUUCUCACGAGGGUCGAAAAGAUUGUUUUCAUCAAGUUUGUCCGUAAUGCUCCGCCAGUAAGAUUUCAUCAUUGUAAACAACUGAUCCAAAUAUUCCAGAUAUUGCGGCCGUGGGUAAAUAAUGAAAAGUCGAAGAAAGAGGAUCGGGUGCUAUAACGCACUUUAGACGUUGAUCUUUCUCUUUAUUUUCUAAAUAAUAAUUUGUAUCGGUGAAACUAUUGUGCACGGUUCGCAAAUAGCUUCAGAUGACAAUAUCUUUGUCAUGGAAAAAUUUGUUCUUCUUUGACAACAAUGAACCGAUUAACUAAUCACUGUUUCAUGACACUAACGCUGUCAUUUUUAUUAUAUCUUCAUAUGGUUGAUAAGUGUUUAUGUAUACAUGGAUGCUCUUAUUUUUAAGGUUCUUACACACAAUAAAAAUGACAUAUGUAUUAUCUGCAUGUGGUUACGUUGAGACAUACUUUUGACUACUGAAACUACUGAGUACAAAUAUUCCUCGGUUAUUCGUGCGCUUUAAAAUUUUUAUCAUUUUUUUAUAACUCGUCGGAGAGUUGUAAUGUAAUGAAGGAACGUUUGUUGAAUAUAUUUUGAUACUCGUGAUCAUGCGUUGUUGCGAAUAGAACGAAUAUUAUAAUGUUCUCUAAAAAUAUCCUCUAGGAUUCAACAUCGUGUUGAUAAAAUAUAUACAAUUACAUUUGAUAUAUACAAUUCAAUUUUCAAUAAUUCACUUUGUGCAAAACUACAUAAAUAACCGAGAAAUGUAUUAAAUCGUGUUUUUAUACUUAAAAUAUAAAAUUCUAGUGUAUUUUAUGCAUAAAAGCAAUCACAAUCAAAUGCCAUAAUUUGAUGUUUACAAGAGAUACCAAGAGUAGACAUGUACUUUUUUGCUGAUCGGAUGUUGUUGGAAUGAACUCAACGUACCGCGCAGUCUUAAUACAUAUCGUGAAAUCCAACUACAUAUAGAUAUGACAUACAUGUAUAUGAUAAGAAAUGUAAUUUAGGCGGACGCGUGUGAUCUCAAGUUGAGGAACGGAUGUUUGAGCGUUCCUCUAAGAAUGUCUAUUACAUAAGGGCUUGCCAUUGAACAACGAUUAAGAUGACAGAGCUGGAUAAAAUAUAAAAGACGUGUGUACAACCAAGGACUAUCGACGUUAAAAUUAACUCUUGCGCACUGCCGUGCUGUUCACUUCCUUUUUACAUUGAGGCGAUAUUUGACAAGGGUUGUUCCAAGAUGUUACUUCAAUAUAAUGUUUAUAUGAUAAAGAUUAGUAAUAAUAAUAAUUGUAAAAGAUUAAUCCGUCAGUUGGGCGUGCAAGAACUAAUAGUAAAUAUUAAUCGAUUUUCUUUAAUAUUCUGUUAAUGGGAUUAGCUCAUUAUGUAUACGGGAGCAUAAGAAUUUUAUAAUUUUCUUCAAAGAAAUGUUUUUUUACUCACCUGUUAAAAAAUCCUCAGAGAUUUGUUUAGGAAAUUCAUAUAAUCGCCAUUUCACUUCGUGGUACUGUAAAAAGAAGUUAACAUUAUCAUUAUUCCUCAUCAAUUUCAUACAUCUGUAACUGUCACUUCUAUUAUUGACAGAGAUCAACGAUAGAUCGUAAAGAGAUCGUAAGUGCUGUUGAUAAAUGUUUACUCAACACUGCCUUUAAAAUAGAGGAAGAUCAUGCAUUUUUUGACACACGAACUUGAACUUAAUAACUGAAUCUUUAAAUUGGGUCUUAUAAUGUACUAUUCUACAAUUUAAUAAAAACGUAUUGUAAAAAAAUCAAUUAGAUACCAAGAAUAUAUGUAUAUGUGUAUGUAUGUGUGUAUAUAUAUAUGUGUGUGUGAUAUAUAUACACACACACACACGUACAUACACGAUAAACAUAAUGCGCGUGUGUACACAAGCUUGUACAUUAUUUAGAAAAAUAAGAACUAUUGUGAACCAUUUAAUAUGUGAUAAUCGACAGCAACGCAUAUGAGCGCACCAUUAUCCUUUAUCUUCUUAUCACUCUUAGCUCGAAAACGUUAUGUGUAAUUUCUUUUUGUAGCAAUAAAGUGAAAUUCGAAUAUA